GCGCGUCUUUCCCCCCUCUCUAUUGUCGCCCACAUUCACUGUCGAGUACUGUCUUUUCCGACCUUGGCGGCUUGGAGGAGUCAUGCUCUGUUUAUUUUCGAUCGUUUGACCCCCAUUUUCUAUUUACUUUACGGCGCGACGUGCGUUUUGUCUGGAAUCCUAGAACGUGCGGCUGAGCGGCACCGCUCGGCGUCGCUUUAUCACCAACUCCUUUCUAGCUGAACUUCCUAUCCGUCUCUGUUCGCGCUUAUUCCCAUCUUGUUUGAAACUAUGGCGCCUCUCUCAUGGCCCAAGAGCCACCGCUCGCCCAGCAGACCCUCCCGAUCCCAGACUAGAGUGACCUUGAAACCUCCCUCGAGCUCCGACUCAUCGGUGACCAACGAAGGCCCUCCCCUCAAGAAGCGCAAGUAUGUCCCUGGCGGACCGGGUGGUGGUGGGAGAUACAUUGAGCUGGAGGUGAAGGAUACGCCGAAACCCAAACUCCCUACAGCAGUCAGACGUAAUUCUUCCAACUCUCGUGGUCGCAAUGGCCCAGUUCCACUUCCAGAGUCAGCACCUCAACCUCAGCCUGUACAACUGCCUCCGCCGCCGCCACCUCCUGUUCCGACGACACCUCCCUCUGCGCGUCUGAGAAGAGAGAAGAGUCAGAACCGGGGCCGUUUUGGGUCGUCGACGGCGGCUGCCCUUGCUCUACAACAAGGGGAUGGUUACAAGCCGCGAGAAGAGCGAGGUUGGGAGGAAUUUCAUCCGGAUCUAGAUAUCGAUGCGAAAUUUGCGGUCUUCGAUGCAGAAGAAGUGGAUCGCCCGCCUCCCACAUCAUCGAUUGCUCAUAUCCUGUCGCCAAACGGCCUCGAUAAGACGAAUGAGAAGGAUCCAAUAGCAGAGCUGAUUCGCGCGCAUACGAAUGGCUCGUCACCGACCCCUAUCAAGCGCCGACCAGGCCGCCCUCCUCGUCGACCUGAAGCCAUCCUCAACGCCUUGGGCAUCACACAUCAACAGAAGAACGUUCCACCCCCAGGCCCGAAUCCCCGCGAGAGGCUGACGUUGCCGAAGCCCUCGUUCCGCAUACGCGACCCGUUCACUUUCUAUGACCAACCUGGGGUGGGUCAGCAGAACUAUGUUGAUCGCACUAUGGCGAGUGUAGGGUAUCAAGAAAGCGACCUAUUCCUCCGCCAUGACCGUCGGUUGAUCCGCAUGACAGAGGGUGCCCAGGAAGAUGAUCUGGACCCGGCGAACCCUGUCACUUCAGAAGGUGAGGUCAAUGCUGCCGUUGGCCGGGUGGAAUAUGAUAUGGAUGAGCAAGAUGAGAAGUGGCUGGAGGAUUAUAAUGCGAAGCGAAGGGAAGACCAGCUGGAGCCGAUCAAGCCGGCGGUCUUUGAGAUUACCAUGACCAAGAUCGAGAAGGAGUGGCACGUCUUAGAGAAGCGUAUACCGAAGCCUAAUCCCAAGCCUCCCCAGACGCAACGGCCUCGUUCGAGCUCUGCCGCGGCGGUAAAUGGUGAAACUGCGCCAGGUGAGGAACAGGACAGCAAAUGUGCCAUUUGCGACGAUGGUGACUGCGAGAACUCCAAUGCGAUUGUUUUCUGCGAUGGUUGUGAUUUGGCAGUCCAUCAGGAAUGCUACGGGGUGCCGUUCAUCCCGGAGGGACAAUGGCUAUGUCGCAAGUGUCAGCUGAUUGGAAGAGGGUCUGUCAACUGUAUCUUCUGUCCAAAUACCGAAGGUGCCUUCAAGCAGACUACCUCCUCGAAGUGGUCUCAUCUCCUGUGUGCGAUCUGGAUCCCUGAGGUCUCUAUUGGUAAUCCUUCUCUUAUGGAACCGAUCACGGAUGUGGAGAAAGUGCCUCGCAGUCGCUGGAAGCUUCACUGCUACAUUUGUCGCCAGAGGAUGGGGGCCUCGAUACAGUGCAGUAACAAGAAUUGCUUCGUCGCGUUCCAUGUUACCUGCGCACGGAGGGCUCAGCUUUACCUGAAGAUGAAGUCAGGACAUGGAACCCCGGCGGUCAUGGACUCCCAUCUACUCAAGGCUUUCUGUGACAAGCAUGUACCACCUGAAUGGCGCAGAGAGCAUGGGACAGAUGUUGCUACGGCUGAGGCAAUAGAAUACUACAGGACUACAAUGCAAGGCCGCCGAUGGGGAGACAGCCAGGCGGCGGCUCUUUCCUUGGAGCCUACACACCCUCUUGGUUGCGACCACGGGGAUGAGGACGGACAUCGCAUGCAUACACCACGUAUUACCCUGACUGUUGGCGGCAAUAAGCGGAAGCGACCGACUGUGCCCAAGACUAUUUGGAAGUUACCGUCCGGGGCCCCUGUGAUACCUCAGGUUGUGCUUAACUCGGUCGUGGCCUCACUGCAGCGCUUCGGGGUUCGACAAAGAAAACAGUAUGCUGAGGAUGCUUGCAAAUACUGGACGCUGAAACGAGAAGCCAGGCGGGGAGCCGCCCUGCUGAAACGAUUGCAACUCCAGCUGGAAACCUUCUCGUCUAUGGAGAUGACUAGGAGGGACUAUGUUGCAAUGGGAGUCCCUGGGAGCAAGAGAUUACAAAGACGUAUUGAGUUUGGUGAGAGACUCUAUCAUGAUUUGGAUCGGUUGAGGAUGCUGUGUGAUGAAGUGAAGAACCGCGAGAGGGAGAAGUUAAAGGACGUGGAGACGCUUAAAAGUAUUGUUGACACUGUCUACUUCCCUAUCUUCCCUCUGCUCUGGCCAAUAUUCGAGAAAGCUCAAGUGCUUGAUGGCAAAGGUAUCUUUCGACAAGGCCUGGCGUCUAUCCGAACCAAGCUGCAAGAACGGUUCUAUCCGUCGGUUGCUACCUUCUCCGCCGACCUGGCCCAUGUCUUCACUACGGAGAUUGGAGUCCAACCGGCUGGAGAUACGGCUGAGCUUCAGAUGCAGAUCAGUGGUCGUGCACCGGAACUCAGCCUAGAGCAACGCGAGAAGAGAAAGCUUGCCAAGCGGAUAAUCAAGGCGAUUCAGCCUUCGCUAGAAGAUGCGAUCAGGAAAGAGAGCGAGUUAAACCGCAAGCCGUUUGAACAGGAGCUCAAGGAGCUCGAUCUCAUGCUAGAGAAUAGUGUCAUGUCCAGACGGGGCUCCGAAGUUGAUGCGCCAGAAACAGUCAACGAUGAACAAGAGUCUGCAGUACCAUAUGGUACAGAGCAGAAGGCUGAGGAAAUGGACGUGCUUGCUAAAUCCGAGCCUGAAGAUAGUGCUGGUGUUGCCGACGUGCCUGGGAACACAGCUGCAACAGCUAAGCCUAGUGCGGCCGAGUCCCUACCCGCAGAGGCAUCUACCGAGCCUCAAGUACAGCAGGACACGAACAUGGAGGAUACAGAGCCUCAAAGUGCAGAUGUGGCGCCCACAGUUGUGCAGCCUACAAUUGAAAAUCAACCAUCUGUCCCUGAUCAAAACGGAAAUCUGGAGAAAGAAAGUGUUGAGCCAUCCAAGCCACCAGUGGAGACCCAAAAUGGGCCGUUGACGCCCCCACCCAGUUUCAAAGGUGAUCAACAAUACCCCUUGGCGCAAGGAGGCAUCCAGUGGUAUAUGCAACCGUUUGAUCCCAUUGGUACCACCAUCCACGAGGAGCGGUGGACCGGGCGAGAUGUGAUGCGAGGGAUGAGCGAGGAGCUCAGUGAGCUAGACGAGGAGGAACUAAAAGACCUGGUUGAAGAUGAAGAGCUGGAAGGACAGCUGGUCAAUGGAUCGAACGAAGCAGCAAAUGGAGGCGAUGCACCGACGCAACAGAGCGUUAAGGUACAUCGGACUCGACGACGCUGGCGCGGAUUCAGGUAGUUAGACGUACAGAUGGCGGAGAUAUCAUCAUUGGUUUUGAGCGAACAUUCCCUACACACCUACACAUCAUUGCUUUCUUUGCGUUACCCGGAUUUCCCCUUUCUGCAUGUUUGCUUUUCUUUCCUUGACUCCCUACUACUGCUGCUGUUGCUGCUGAGGGAACAAACAUAGGCUGGCCAGGCGUUGGGGAGGUCAGAAACUGGGAAUUUGGUGGAUUAGAACAAUAGCCAUUCUCAGGUAAUGAACUUUACAGAAUGUAA